UUACAUCAUAGCAUAAUUUUCUUCUAUUUUAUUUUUUGUUCAUUAAGAUCGAAGAAUCUUUUAUGGGGUCUUUAGAAAGAUCAAAGAAAAAAGUUCAACUAUGGAAGAAAGCAAUUGUUCAUUUUCUUCUUUGUUUUGUUAUGGGAUUCUUUACUGGCUUUGCUCCAACAGGCAAAGGCACUACUACUUCAAUGUUUUCCACUAGGAAUGCUAUUGCUAUUCCCAAAACUCAUCAUGAGUCAAAUCAAACAUAUCCUUCAUUAAACAUGAUGGUCAAUAAACCUUUGUCAGACGAAACAUCAUCAACAACAACAACAAUAACAACAACAGUAACAUCACAAUGGUCUAAACUAAAUGAAACGAGGCACUCAAAAAAGGUCUUAGUAGAAGAUCAAGAGGAGGAAGAAGAAAAGCAACAAGAUCAAGAUCAGGAUCAAGAUCAAGAGCCAGAAGAGGCUAACGAUGAGUUCUUGAACACCAAAAGGCUACUAAUAAUAGUCACUCCAACAAGCGCGAAGGAUCAAAAUAGAGGAAUGUUACUAAAGAGGCUAUCAAACACAUUGAGAUUGAUUCCACAACCAAUUUUGUGGGUAGUUGUGGAACAACAAAUUGAGGAUUCACAAGUAUCUGAAAUACUUAGAAAAACAGGCAUUAUGUAUAGACAUUUGGUUUUCAAGGAGAAUUUCACUAACAUUCAUGAAGAAGUGGAUCAUCAAAGAAAUGUGGCACUAAAUCACAUUGAACAUCAUAGGUUAAGUGGGAUUGUUCAUUUUGCUAGCCUCUCUAAUGUCUAUGAUCUCACCUUCUUUGAUGAGCUUAGAGCAAUUGAGGGAUUUGGGACAUGGCCAAUGGCAUUAUUAUCAACAAACAAGAAGGAAGUAAUAAUAGAGGGACCAGUUUGUGAUUCAUCAGAAGUUAUGGGGUGGCAUUUGAAGAAAUCAAAUAAUUCAAAUAUAGAUGAAAGGCCUCCAAUUAGAAUUUCAAAUUUUGCUUUUAAUACUUCAAUUCUUUGGGAUCCAGAAAGAUGGGGUAGAACUUCUUCUAUACAAGACACUUCUCAGGAUUCUCUGAAAUUUGUGAGAAAAGAGGUUCUUGAAGAUGAGACUAAAUUGAUGGGAAUUCCUCCAAAUGAUUGCUCCAAAAUUUUGUUAUGGAAUCUUCCACUUUCGACUUGAAUAUAUUUCAGAGUUAUUUGAUUUUAAGAAAAAAGAGAAAAAAUAAUCAUCUUCUGAUAAAUGAUAAAACAAUUUGUUUUGCUAGAGAAAAUCUAUCAAUAUUUCAGAAUUCUCAUAUUUAUUGUUAUAAUCCCUCUUGUUUAGUUUGUUGUAUUUUUCUUGGUCCAUUACUAAAAUUUUUGUUUUAGAUGUAGACACACAUUGGUCUUGUCAUUUUAAUUGAAACAAUUUUUCCUU